AUGCAGGAGAUGGCGCAACAGUAUCGGUUAUCACCAAAGCCACCUAGAACUACGUUAGAUAUAGAUUCUACUCUGUCGAUCCACAUGCCGGCAACAGAAAUGUACAAUAGAAGAAUUGGAAAAAGUGCAGGAGCUUACUUAGAUAGUUUUAUUGGCGACCAAUACGAGAAUAGUAGUAAACAUCUUCGUAGAUCAAACAGUAAUUACAAAAAGCAAUUUUACACGACAACGGAGUUAAGCAAAGUACGAAAUUAA